GCUUGCUGCCCAACCUGCAGUGCUUGUUGCGGCUGCUGGUGGUGCUGGUGCGGCAGCACAUGGGGGGGCGGCUGGACAUGGGGUUUGGGAGCCAGCAGCUGGCCGCUGGCAAGGGCCUCUUCACCGCCCUCCUGCGCACGCUGCUGGACCCCCACCUGUCCACCGCCCUCUAUCCCGACAUCACCACAGCCCUGCAGGCGCUCACCGACCCAUGGGACGACACCCAGUGGCGCCGCAUCGCGGAGGACGCCGCCCAAUACGCUGCGGACGCGGGGCCCUCCCACCGCGCCGCCCUACAUCUCAUACUUUCCGUACAGGGCUGUGGCGAGCGGCUCCGCAGCUGGCAGCAGACAGCUGCGUUGCUGCUGCUGCGGAAGGAGGUCCCGCAAAGCGUGUCCAUAUCCACAUCUGCUGCUGCU